UACAGUCUCCGGUCUGGGGAGGACAAGCACCUUUAAGAUCUCCUUUUACCCUUCAGAGUAUGAUCCAGUUGUGUUUUUAUUCAGGGCAUUUAUUAUACAUAUCUACUUUAAGAAACUUCCGAAUCAAAUUUGGGCUUGAUAGUGCAUGUGCGAAUCGUUAUUAUAGUGUAACACUGAAAUCUGAAAGUGAUUGCGUUUGUAUUUUCUGCUUUACGGAGUCGAUUGUUAGAGUUCAUUUGGUUUUGAUUAAUCAAUUAUCUUUAAAAAAUAAUAAAUCGGACGUAAUUUUGAAAUAAACCGUUUCUCUACUUUGGCAUGCCUUGUUUAGCUGAGAUAAAAUAGUUUCCUAGCCGACUCUCAUCCAAGUAUCAUUUUCUAAACGUCAAUACUUCCUUGAUGGUGACUGUAUAUUCAGUGGAAAUUGGCUAAAGUUUAACUGAUCAUUCAAGAACUGCUUUCUUUGUGUCCUGCAUGUUUCUACUCUAAAUACCUUGGGUAAUAGUUCUGAAUGAAUAGCUAGGUUUAGAUGAACACAACUUUACAGGUACAUAUUUUUUUUUCUUAGGUGUUAAACUAGGGAACACAGUCUUUAGCAAACAUUGCACUCUGUCUUUUCUAUUAUUGUAAUAUCUAUUCCAUUUCCAAAGUAAAAAUGAAUCAAAAUGCUGAUACUUGAUACAAAAAAGAUUUCAAAGUGUCACAACACCAACCCCACGAUAGCAGAUAACAGGGGUUAGAAUUUCUGUUUAUUUGCUUCUAUUUUAUGCCUGCUAUUCAUGCCUGCUUGAGAUUUAGUAUCUUAUCUACAAAAUCCUCAAAAUCAGGUUUUAGCUUACAGUGCUAAACAAAGGACAGGCACAGGGGAUAUGGGAUGUGUCCAGAUAAUACAAGUUGUCCUGGGUAACAUUAAAACACUGCAAACUUUGUUUUAGUUUCAGUUUAAUGACUUACUUAUUCUGUUUAACUUUAGUGAACGUUAAACAUUUAGACGUAGGUUUGCUGUUUUAAGGUUAUGUUUUUAAUUUUUAUGAUUAUUUCAUUUUUACUUGUUAAACCAAAAUCACUUGAACAUUGUUUCAGUUGGAAAAAAUUGCAUGAGUAAGUAGUGAUUAUGUUUUUUGGAGCUGUUCAUUUUUAAUUUGUGUACUAAUUUAUAAUUCCCAAGUUGCCUGGAGUGCAAGUCUGAGGUUUGGUGUUUACUCUUUAUACGUGCCUGUUGUACAUGAGGAGGACAGGAAGGGGGCAGUAAGUUUCAGCAUGAGGUGUCUUAGGAGUGAGUCAGGUGUGGGGGAAGGGGCAUUGUGCCACCCUAUCUCAGUUUGACUACUGAACUGCUUUGUGUCUGAAUACAAAGAACAGGUUCCUGGCAGUUCUCCAAACUCAAGUGAGCUCACUGCCUGCAUUGCUGACAAAACCCAGGAGAGGUUUUCACUAACAACCCCCCAGCCCUCAACUAUGAAGAAACCACCUGUUCAUAUGUUCAUGAGUGUAAAUAGUGGAUCGCAUUACAAACAUCAAUAAAAUCAUGGAUCUUUACACGAUUCACGGUUUUUCUUAGGAACUUUGACUUUGGCUCUGGAUUUUGGAUUCUGUCUGGUAUCUGUCUUCCCAGAGGGGAUACCUGAGAUUAGAUCAGGCAGACUUAAACAAGCACCAGAAAACGCUCAGGGUGGCUUCGAGGGUGGAGGAGGGGCUGCGCAGGGGAGCCCUUCGAAGGGUGAGGAGGCAGGGCAGAGCGCGGAGGUGAAGCGAGGACACAGAUGUGAAGUGAUACCGGGCUGGUCGGAUGGGAACUCCUCUGUCGACGCAUGCUCAUGGGACAGUCAGACUAAUAGCAGGUCCCUUCAUGUCAAAGCAGAAAUUAAAAAUAGACAUGCCUUGGACUUGCAGCCUGCAUAGAGAGACAGGCAGAAAACAGGCAUCUUCUUGGGUUGCCUAUUUUGGGUCACAUUAAGCAGAGGUGAGACACCAGCUGUGUGUGCUUUUGGAGCUGCGGUGGUGUGACGGACUCUGAGCUCAGCCGUGCUCGUGCAGCCAAGCCGGAUCAUGCUAGCUGAUCUCUUUGUUUAUUUCAUUAUCUGCCGAUGAUGAAAAGCCUUGGAUAAAGUUGGACGCACGUGUUUGUUUGUGCAUUACUCCUCCUUGGGCAACAUGGAGUUCAAAAACAAAACAAUUAAAUGAUGAAUUAAAAAAAAAAAACAUACAAGUUACUCCAAGCCUAUCACACAUUUGCAUUUUGCUAAUACCUAAUGCAGGCAGAGGUACAUGCUGCCAAGAAGUCAGUGCAGCAUUUAAUUAGCAGCCAGAAAUGCUGUCUUAUUGAUAGAUCUGGAAUUUAUAGGAUUACUUUAAUGUGACAUUCAGGAGGGACAGGAUCUUACACAGUUAGUCAGUAUGCUUGGAAAAGGGCACUUCUGCACAUGGCUUUGGAAGCUGAGACGCACAGGUCUGGUCACUGAACGUUCCGUGUCAUGCUGUCGUUGUUCCUCCCAGCAUCCUCGGAGAUCCGCGGAUGGUUGUUUGCCCCGCUAAUGGUGGGGCCUGGCAGGCGCUCUCCACCUGCUCCAGUGACCUCCGACCCCCCGCCAGGUGUGUUAGCGUUGCUGUGUGACUGUGACGGCACGCCCUGCCGGGGCACGCUUGUGCACGCAGGCGCCAAGUCAUCCGGGGUCGUCGAACAAAGGAGCGUUUUGUGCGCUGUCUGACGGCGAGCAGCCACCUCCGCCUCCUGGCCCACGCCGUUUGCUCUCCGCCAGGGAGAGUGACCUGCUGGCGUGCUUGAGCUAGACCUGGCUUCAUUUAUUCCCUGCUUGAUUUUGGAGAAUGACAAGUAUAUGCCGACAUGGAGUAUGUUUAAGAAAUAAACGAGAAGCCAACAUUUUUUCCAUCUCAGGAGAAUAUUACCAUGGUUUUGUGCAUUGCAUUGAUCAUGAGAAAACUGUGAAACAGUAGAAAGGUCCAGGCAUGUUGCAGAAAAAGCUGCAUUGGGUCUAAUCCCCUGCAAACCCAAGAAUAACCCUCACAGACCUGGCGGACUCUGCACAAACCCAGGCUCUGCAGUGGUGGCUGCACCGCAAGACACCUGUUCCUUCUUUCUUUGCGGUCAAUGAAAGAAAAAGGCAGAAUUCUGCACAGUCCCGCUUCCUGGUUCACGGAGAAGACAGCCCGUUAGGAGGGAGAGGCGCACCCGGAGAAUUGGCCGUGAUUCACCGCCGUUAGCUGCAGCCCGUCAGGCAGUCUUACAAGUUGCGGCUGGCCAGCGGGCCGCUGCGUGACAGCUGAAGAGAAUUCCAUGGAGGUGGAAGGGUCGUGGAGAGAAGUCUUUAAGGGGGCCGACAGUGCCAAGGGCACCUGCACAGAUGUUCAGAAUAACCCCAGUAUUAGGACCUCAGCUGUGGCAACUUCAGCCUUGUGCCGGUCCCUGCCAGUCAGCAUCCAUCAGAACAGAUCCAAAGAGGGAGAGUCAUCCGCUUCGUCAGUGCCCUCAAUACCCAAUCCCUUCCCAGAGCUCUGUAGUCCCUCCCACUCGCCGGUUCUGAUUGGCUCUCCACUUGGACAGGGCAGCUCUCCUGCAGCUGGCACACAUGUGGUGAAGGUCUUCGGGGAGGAUGGUCGCAGCCGUUCGCUCUGGGUUCCCACGGGUGCCGCGGCACGAGACGUCUGCCGCAUGCUGGUGCAGACGGCCCACUGCGCAGACCAGGAGAGCUGGGCCCUUAUAGAGCUGCAUGCGGGCCUCGGACUAGAGCGCUGCCUUGAAGACCAUGAGACAGUGGUGGAAGUGCAGGCCACCUGGCCACUAGAUGGCGAUAGCAAGCUUUUAUUCAGGAAGAACUACGCCAAAUACGAGUUUUUCAAAACACCCAUGAUGUUCUUUCCGGAACACAUGAUCUCUGAUAGCGCUGAUGUCAACAAGGGCAUGACUUCAUCAGAACUCAUCCAGAACCUGCUCAACUCUGGUAGCUGUCCAGAGAUCCAGGGGUUCCUGCAAGUCCGGGAGCCCAGCCGCAAGGCGUGGAAAAAGAUCUGCUUCUUUUUGAGGAGGUCUGGCCUCUACUGCUCAACCAAGGGCUUCUCCAAGGAGCCUCGGCAUUUACAGUACGUGGCAGAUUUGGAAGAUCUCAACAUCUACACCGUUACUAAUGGACGCAAGCUUUACGGGGCUCCCUCAGACUUCACCUUCUGCAUAAAGCCCUGCAGGAACCGCGCUCGCUGGCGGGACAUGAAGCUGCUGGCCGCGGAGAAUGAGCAGACGCGCACCUGCUGGACCACUGCCUUCAGGCUGUUUAAGUAUGGAAAGCAGCUCCAGCGUAACUACCAGCUGUCCCAAUUCACACGCAGGCAAGAGGGCACUGGGCGCCUGGGUGUCAAGCACUGCAUGUCUGAAGCUUCCUUGGUGGCCAUGGAUUUUUCUGGAAAGGCGGGAGGUCGAGUAAUCGCGAACCCCAGGGAGGCCCAGCACGCCGAGCAGGAGGAGGGCCAGGCCUGGAGGAAGAAGACAGCCCUUCGCUACAGCCUGCCCAGCUCCUGCUCUGGCUCCCGCAGCACGCCGAUUCACCAGACCCAGCCCUGGUUCCACGGUGGGGUGUCACGAGGGGAGGCGCAGAGACUGAUUGAGGAACAGGGCCUUGUCGAUGGGAUGUACCUGAUCCGUGAGAGCCAGCAGCACGCCGUGUGCUUCGUCCUCUCACUCUGUCACAAGCUGAAGACCAAACACUACCUCAUCAUCCCAGUGAGCUGGCUUAUUCCUCUCCUUUUACUCUCCACUGCUAUGCUUUUAUUGUUUUUGGGUCCCGAAACCCAGACUAAUCUACUGUACAUAUGUCCCAAUUUUUCUUCGGUUCCUGUUAAUCGCCCUACCUUUCUCCCCUUUACGGCUUUGAAAGAUGAAACGGUGAAAGCGGUCGCUGAGAUCUCUGUUCCUUGUUUUUAUAGAUUCUCUGUCUCUUUUUUUGUCGACCAGCCCUCCUUUCUCCUUAUUUGCCUGCCUGCUUCUGCAUCCAUCUGGAUGAAUAUGUAGCCGUUUCUAUGAGAUUUGCAGCUUAAUCUCACCGUUCCCUACUCACUCUGCCUGAUGGUUUUGUCUCUCAGUUCGUCCCGCCUGUCUGUUUCCCCAUCAUCCUGUCUAUCAUUUCAGACACCAGCUUCACCAUUUCUAGAGCAAUGCCUCUCUAU